AUCUUGAGAAGGGAGAAACCCAUCAGGGACCAGCUAUACUUGGAAUUGCUAUGGUAGCAAUGGCUGAAGAAUUGGGACUUGAAAUGGCUAUUCGCUCAUUAGAGCAUCUAUUACAGUAUGGAGAGCAGAAUAUCCGAAGGGCUGUUCCUUUGGCUCUUGGUCUUCUUUGUAUAUCAAACCCUAAGGUCAAUGUUAUGGAUACAUUAGACAGACUUAGUCACGAUACAGAUACAGAAGUAGCAAUGGCUGGCGUCAUCUCCUUAGGGUUGAUUGGUGCUGGAACCAACAACGCUAGAAUAGCUGGCAUGCUUUGCAAUCUUUCGAGUUACUACUACAAAGAAGCUAGCCUCCUUUUUUGUGUACGAAUUGCCCAGGGUCUUGUACAUUUGGGAAAAGUCUUGUUGACUCUUGCUCCAUAUCAUUCUGAGCGCUUUUUGCUAUCCCCGUAAGUGUUUCUUCUCCCCCAUAUUAACUUUUCAAUUUUAGGGUGUGGGUUAGAACUGAUUCACAUACAUACAUAUCCAGCGGGAGAUGAGCAAGUUUCAACAAUGGGAGACUUCUUCCAAAGUGGUAGUUUUCACAUCAGGACUGACCCGUUAAUUGGGAUGUUUCUGUUGAAUCUAAAGGUUUUUUGUUAGAAUUUUGAUGGCACCUAAGCUAGUCCAUGUAGUUUAAACCUACCAUUUCAAGUGGUUCAUUCCGCUUUUAGUUAAUAUCCCGUAUACAGGGGAACAAUGGUUUGUUUCCCAUUUAAGAGAUUUAUUUUUGAAAGAAGAAUUAUUCCACAUUAUUUAUGUGAUGGAAUUCUAGAAAUGAAUCAAUAGCAUUCAUAUGGAAUUUCCAAACACACUAGAAACAAACAAAAAAUUCGUCAUCCUAUGAGCAUCUUUUGUAUAAGAGAAGUUUUGGUCUUAGAUACAGCCGAGUGUUGGAAGAGGAUUCAAUCAGAUGAUCCAAAUAAGUUCAGCUUACAGCUCUGUUGGGUUAAGAAUGGUGUCAAAUGCUUCAUGCAUU